AAAAAAAANCAGAGCAAGAAACUAAAAAAAAAAACAGAGUUUAAGACAGAGAAGUCUCUCAUGGAUGUAUAUACUUUCAAUGUUUCUUUAUCUCUGUGUAAAGAUGUUGCCGGAAUCGCAGGCAACAUAUUUGCAUUUGGGCUAUUCGUUUCACCAAUGCCAACGUUUAGGAGAAUCAUGAGGAACAAAUCUACCGAGCAAUUCUCGGGUUUACCAUACAUUUACGCUCUCGUAAACUGCUUGAUCUGCCUUUGGUAUGGCACACCUUUCAUAUCACACAGCAAUACUAUGCUUAUGACUGUGAAUUCUGUUGGAGCCACUUUUCAGCUUUGCUACAUUAUCCUCUUCAUCAUGCACACAGACAAGAAGAACAAGAUGAGGAUGCUUGGUUUGCUUUUUGUGGUGUUUGCUGUGGUUGGAUUGAUUGUAUCUGGAAGUUUGCAGAUACCUGACCAGCUCACACGAUGGUACUUUGUCGGGUUCUUGAGCUGCGGUUCUCUUGUCUCGAUGUCUGCCUCACCUUUGUUUGUUAUCAACCUAGUGAUUCGGACUAAGAGCGUUGAGUUUAUGCCUUUUUAUCUCUCUCUAUCGACUUUCUUGAUGAGUGCUUCCUUCUUACUUUACGGGUUAUUCAACUGGGACGCCUUUGUUUAUAUACCAAAUGGAAUAGGAACUAUUCUUGGUAUAGUGCAGCUGGCUUUGUACUGUUACUACCACAGGAAUUCUACAGCAGAAGAAACAAAAGAGCCUCUGAUUGUUUCUUAUGUGUGAAAUUAGCACAAAGAUGCAAAUCUACUGUGGCGAAAAAAAACACCUCAGGAAAUGUGGUGACAUCAAGAUUUAUUUGUUGUUAUUGUUGUUGUCUACUUUGUGUAGCUUCUUGUAACCAUAUCUACCGCGGCUUUCCUUCUCUCAUGGCGUGAAGAUGUUUAUCCUCUCGGCUUCUGGUCAUGAUCCAAGGAUGGAGAUUUUUUUUCCAGUUUUGAUGACUCUAAAUUGCUGAAGAUUAUCCGAAGACAAAUGACAGAUUCACUACUGUGGUUUUAUUUGUUUGUGUGAUGAAAGUCUACGGUGGGGUCGAUUUGAAGAAAUUCUUAUUUGUUUGUUCAUAAGAUUUUGUUUCUUUAAGAUGUAAAUCUUUGGUAUGGGUUGAUUUGAAGAACGAAUGUCCAUAUAUUGUUUGUUUGGUGAAUAUUAUUCCAUUUCAUAAGAACUCUGCUUUCUUUGUCA